AUGGAUCUGAAAUCGAUGCUCAAUGACUCUUCCAACCAGAGACAACCACCACGACUGCAUACGCCGCACUCUUCUUAUGACCACGCCAUCGCAAUCGCAAAUGCAAACGACGCCCAACCCGAUCGUCCAUCGCCAUACCCCCCGCCUCAUCCAUCUUCUGACUAUAGACAAUCCGCGAAUGGCUCCUAUUUCAACCUGCAGUCUCCCCGUCAACACCAUUCUGCCGCUGCCACCGCCGCUGCUUCCACCCCAACUGUAGCGACUCAGCCCAUAUUUGCGCAAAGCCCAGGGCCUCAAGGACCUAUCCAUACCUCAAGAGACAACAUUCCUCAAGCCCAUCAUUAUCACCCAUCUUUUGUUCCUUCACCUUCGCCAUCAGGCCCUUACCCGCCCACACCAGGCUCUGUUCAUCAUCAGCAAACACCGUCUACUGCCUCGACAUAUCACCAUCCCGGCGGUCCCUCUGCCUUCAAUGUGCAAUCUCCUAGAGACGAAAUAGCCGUCACGAAUGGCCAUGCGCAUUCCCAAUCGCGCAAUAUUUCUCCCCACGCUCAAUUCCAUCCAACACCCGCGACGCCGCUGGGCCCUCCUGUCACUUAUCCAAGACCAUCUCCCCACGCACACCGACCAUUAUCACAAGGCCAAGAGAGUUAUAGGAGGUCAUCUGUUGGCUCUGUUGGUUCAGCACAUAGCCGGGACUACAUCCAAUCCAGCAUUGCGGCCGCCGCCCCACCAACCCAUUCUCGAAGCGGAAGCAUACAAAGAACAUUCUCAGGGGACAUGCGGGAAAGAGAAAGAAGCAUUGAGAGUGUCAGCCCAAAGACAAUUCCCAAAGCCGCCCCAAAGAAACAAAGGCAGGCUAGCACAGGCCGAUAUUCAGACGCACUGAUGGAAGUUUACAACUCGGCUCCACCACAGUCUGUAUUUGCUCCGAGCGUGAGUGCUACAGCCCAAAGCACUCCUGAUAGAGUUUUGGACGUCCUACAAAACGAAGCGACACCCAAGUCCUCAUCAGCCUCGGUGGAAGCAAAAAGUGCGCCGCAAUAUCAACCUGCUCGGCCAAGUCCUGGUACAGUACCAGCCAACAAUAUGACGCCUCAAUCCGCACAUUCACCCCUCCCUCCACAAUUGAACUCACCAGCAACAACCCAACCAAGUUUGAAACGAAAUGCAAGCCACCUUUCAAGUGUGCCCAGUACCCCACAGCCACCAAGAAAGCGCCCUAGGGCGAACGACUUCCCACUGUGGGCGGAGAGUGCUCGCAAUAGACCUGUAAAAUUCAUCCGAGCCCGGCCCCCGGUGGCACCCGUGACAAGAUUGACGACAACCCCGUCUCAAGUUAAGAGUGAGCCAGUUGUGAAACAAGAGACGCAAACGCCUCAGGUGAUGAACUGCCAAGGCCAGAGUCAAGGCCAUUUGCCUGGUAACAAUCCAGACGAUGUCCGAUGGGAGCCGUCGAUCACUACGAUAACGCCAUACGAAGACCUGACAAAACGAGUCUGUGAUUGGAUUGUGCACUGGCUGGCCAAUGCAGCAACACCCUCCAACGGAGCGGUAUUUGAAAUCGAGGCCAAGGUGGGAGCUAUCUUUGACGAACAAACAGCACAACGCCUCAUGCUACCGGUGGAGACGGAGACGGUCUUCAAUCGCGAGAAAUACCGGGGAAGGACGAGUUUCAAGAGCUCGAUGAAUGUUGCUCAACAUAAGCAGAUCAAUGCAUUCCUCAAUGCACUAGUAGAGGAAUCUAUGCGAGAAGCUCAACACUCAGACCGUGCGGUAAUUGCAUACAGCCAUCCGCAUGAAUAUGACGAGUUCUACGACCUUAAUGAAGAUGGUAAGAGAAAUCUCCCCCCGUCGAUUUUGCACUGGAUGAAUCCUCGACACAAACCACGGGUGCGGAGAACGAUCGAUGAAGAAACUCGACAAGUCAAGGCGCAAAUCAUCAAGUCGCGGAUUGCCGAUCUAGAAGUAUACAACCCUCAAUCCGAUUUUGACUACCGAGUUUCGAUCAGUAUUGAAAGUCCAUGGGAAGGAGAUCCCAGUUGGUUGUCGGAGAUGGGAGAAGAAAACCGUGACAGACAGAAGGAUCGGAUGAGCUACCGACAUAUGGCCUAUCAAAUUGAUCUGACCCAGGUCAGCUACCAAAACACCCCUGAGAAGGAACACGAACUGGAGGUGGAAAUCAGCACGGAGAUGGUACGACGAGAGCUGGACAACCUGAAAUUGCAGCGGCCCAGUAAAUAUGAACCGUUGAUCCGAGGGCUCAUUGACAACCUAAGAAUACUGUGUCGGAGAGCAACGGUGAACAGACCAAGAUGA